UGCAAAGCUCUGCAGUUCGAAAAGUUCCGUUGCUUCUUGUUUUUUUUUUUUUUUCGUAGCGAGCGAAUAAAAUCAAAUACUUUACUAAGAUGGCAUCUUUCGUUGGCAAGAAGUUCAAGCUGGAGAAAUCCGAGAAUUUCGACGAGUACAUGAAGGAAUUGGGCGUUGGUCUGGUUCUCCGCAAAAUGGGCAACAGCAUCAGCCCCACUGUGGAAGUGACCCUCGAGGGUGAUACGUACACCCUGACCACCACCUCGACCUUCAAGACCUCCGCCAUCAGCUUCAAGCUGGGCGAGGAGUUCGACGAGGAGACCCUCGAUGGCCGCAAGGUCAAGAGCAUCAUCACCCUCGACGGAAACAAGCUCAUUCAGGAGCAGAAGGGCGACAAGCCCUCGACCAUUGUCCGUGAGUUCACCGACGGCGAACUGACCACCACCCUUACCUUCGGUGACGUGAAGAGCGUGCGCAUCUACAAGGCCGUCUAAGAGCUGUCUCGACUGACUAUAUCUACUCUACACAUAACCAUUAAAUGAAUCGCAUUAAACUCAUCUUGUUAUUGACUAACAGUUGACCAAAACAUAAACCAAACUGCACCGCUAAUCCUCAUGUAUGCAGCACACACUCGUACAUUCACAGCCAGUGUAUGACUAUUUCUGAAUGCAUUUUGAAUAAACUGAAACCACUGCAAGAGUGGUGCUUCUUAAAUCGA